AUGUCCGACUACGGCGGUGACGACGGCGAGAACGACUUCGCCCACGACGCCUACGAAGAAGACUACGAAGGCGACAACUUCGACGUGGACCCCCAAGACCUUCUCUCCGGCGACGAAGCCGACUCGGCCGCCCUCAACGCGCAAGACUACAUUGUCGCCGGCGACCCCGCUGCCGCCGCCGCAGCAGCAGCCGGCGGCGUCCGCGGAAAGGACCCAAAGAAGAUCCCCGACGACAAGCGCACGACGACGCCGUACAUGACCAAGUACGAGCGCGCGCGGCUGCUGGGGACCAGGGCGCUGCAGAUCAGCAUGAAUGCGCCUGUGCUCGUGGAUACCGGUGGUGAGACGGACCCGCUGCAGAUUGCGCUCAAGGAGCUGCAGGAGAAGAAGAUCCCGUUGGUGGUCAGGAGGUAUUUGCCGGAUGGAUACUAUGAGGAUUGGACGUGCGAUGAGCUUAUCUAA